GUGCCUGUGUCCUAGUUCUUCGAAUUAGCCCACUAGCUUGUUAAACAGAUGGAUUAGGUGGCAUAAUUUUGCUUGUUUGAAAGUCAGGUAGCGCCACAAGCAGUCGUCACAAAGAGCAGGCUGUAGCUAAAUAUUAACCACUUCCGUGGCGAAAACCUCACCAGUUUGUGCCAACACAUAUAAAAGUAAAUUAUAGUGCUUCUUCAGACUAGCAUGCUACGUAACAACGUUUCGGUGUACUUGGAAAGCACUUCUAUAUCAAAGUUACCUCCCAAAUAUGUUAAAUGAAUUCGUUAUUGCGUUUUAAUUCUUGAUUUUAUUUUCUGCUCUGUUGAAACUGCCUCUAAGUUGUACAUGUAACCUCGUCCGUGAUGAUACGUGUGAUUUGUGUAGUACAUUAGCCAUCUGCUAUAAAUAUAUCCAAGAGUUCUUGACACAAAUUAAGUUCACCAGCUUGUUAGGCAGUUGCAAGCUAGCGGGCUAAUGGCAACGUUUAAAGAAAUAAUUAGUGUCCAUAUGGUUAUUGACACGUAGUAAUGCAGCGGCGACUCUUUUCGAGUCUUGUUCCUUCCUUUGAAACGACAGACACUUGUAGCAACAUAGAUGGGCGAUAUACGUGGUGCCUUGGUGGUGUCAGUAGGCUGAAGGUUAUUAUCAUUUGGAUCGUCACAUUCGUCUCCAGUUCUUAUAAUGAUUACAUUUAACUUUUACGCCAUUAUAGCAUGGUAUUUUUUUUUUUACAAAUUACUGAGUUUACAAAACAUAAUAUUGCAUUUUGGCCUCCUGAGUUUUGGAGCCUAUUACGUAAGUGUGCACACUGUGUCCAAAAACAGGAUUGUUCCCAAAGGAGAAGGGCGGAACAGACUGUGAAGUAGAUCGACCCUUUGGUCCUGUGCUAAGCUUGCCCACAGUCAUUGUUCUUAUAGAUACCUAACCAGACCUGCUGAAACAAGACGCCUGCAUUCAAACGAUACAUUUUUAGUUCUACCAUAGAUGUUUUAGCGUUGGUAUUUACGCGCACCUACAUCUCUAACAGGUAUUGCAGAGUGGUAAGUAUCCUUUCCUGUGAUACUGUGCUUGUGAAGGAAUGAUCAAAAUGAGGAAGCGCAGACAUGAGAUCAGAGAGCCAUGGCUGCUGUGAUCUAUGACCAUAAAAAUACAAUUUUCAAAGUCUUUUCCAAAAUUUCAUGGGUUUAUGGAACUGAUGAGACAAAUCAUUUGUAAGUUUCAGACUGUCUCUCUCUCAGCUUUGGUUAUACCAGACUGGAACAGGCCUUUUUGUUUCCUUAGCAGUCACUCUCUAACACCACUCUCUCAUACAUCAUUCAUACAUGUAUUAUCAGUCUGGAUGUGCAGAUAAAAUAACAUGAGAAGUACUUACUUUGCCUUUUCCCAAUGUUUUACCCAGAUGACUGCUUCAGAGUGGUCACAGCAUGGUCAUAUGUGCUCUUACUCAAUAGUUUAUCCAAAGACCUGAUGUUUACCUGAUGUUUAAUGAAAGCUGUGGGAGUAUGGAUGCUUAUGUAUUAAUUGCAGUUCCAGCAUGGAGGCCCACAGCUCCGAGCGACUGCUCUCCAGGAAAAGAAGGAGGGAUGGCUCAAACGGUGAGGCGGAGGAGGGCGAGAGGCCAGUGAAGAUACAGCGAUGCACAGUGGUAAGACUUGACCUCUGUACCGGGUUGAAAGAUCCGGCACCAUUUGCAGACCAGCUGGAGCCCGUGGAGAGUGGGCCGUACCAGCGGGUCAGUAUGGAGGAGGCGCGCAGAGGAACUCCUUUGGAUAGACCGGUGCGAGUAUACGCUGAUGGUAUCUUUGAUCUCUUCCACUCUGGCCAUGCCCGUGCUCUCAUGCAGGCCAAAGGACUCUUCCCCAACACACACCUCAUAGUAGGCGUAUGCAGCGACGAACUGACGCACAAGUUCAAGGGUUUUACCGUCAUGAACGAGGACGAGCGCUACGACGCUGUCAGUCACUGUCGCUACGUCGACGAGGUGGUUCGCAAUGCACCAUGGACACUGACCCCUGAGUUCCUCGCCAAGCAUCGGAUUGACUUUGUUGCACAUGAUGAUAUCCCAUACUCCUCGGCGGGCAGUGAUGAUGUUUACAAGCACAUCAAAGAGGCAGGAAUGUUUGCCCCAACCCAGCGGACGGAGGGCAUCUCCACCUCUGACAUCAUUACGCGCAUCGUGCGGGACUACGAUGUGUACGUCAGACGUAACCUACAGCGUGGCUAUACCGCGAAGGAGCUCAACGUUAGCUUUAUUAACGAGAAGAAGUACCACCUGCAGGAGCGCGUGGAUAAGGUGAAGAAGAAAGUGAAGGAUGUGGAGGAGAAGAGUAAAGAGUUUGUGCAGAAGGUGGAAGAGAAGAGCAUUGACCUGAUUCAGAAAUGGGAGGAGAAGUCCAGAGAGUUCAUCGGCAACUUCCUCCAGAUGUUUGGCCCUGAAGGAGCACUGAAGCACAUGUUAAAAGAGGGGAAGGGGCGUGUGCUCCAGGCCAUCAGCCCCAGACAGAGCCCAAACAGCAGCCCCACGCGGGAGGAGCGUUCUCCCUCACCCACCUUCCGCCUGCCCUUCUUCACCAAGACCUCCCCGCCCGCCUCGCCCAGCAGCCACCACAACGCGCUGCGUGGCUACACCUACGGAGCCCACGGUCAUGCCAUCAGCGAGGACGAGGAGGACGAUGAAGACUAGACUAGCACUGAGCGCCUCGUUUACUUCAUCCUUAACGGACAAUCAGACUGCCUAAACCAAAUCAGCCCUGCAGUCUUCGCACCUCUCUCUCUCUCUCUCAAUCUGUCUCUUUCUCUCUGUCCACUGACAGAUGAGGGCUAGAAGUCUAUCGUAUAAGUCAGUGUUUUGUCAAAACAGCUUGCCAUCCAUACAAUGUCACUCCUCUGCUAAGAAUGGUCAAAGCCUCGAAGAGCAGUCAAAGCUUUGGUCUUUUUCUGUGAUUGGUUGCCAGUAUUCAGACUGUACCACAUCAGUAGUUAAGUCGUUGGGGGGUAGUUUCAUAGCCACAUAUGGUAUCAGUGACAAUUUUACAUUGUGAUACUGUUUUGAAAUCUGAUUUUAACAUUUUUAACAUUUUAACAUUUUUAACUGCUGCUGCUACUGCAAAAAUGAUGACUGCAGGUGUUAUGUAAAGGACAACACUCGGGGGGAUUAGUUUGUGCAGCUAGAUGGACUUAUGAUUGAACCACUGCUUCACUUUUUAAUGAAAAGUCUACUUUGACUACAGUCUACAGUGACAAACCCACAGUCUUUAAAGGGGGCUCACUGCACCCUCACCUCCUUUCACACCUACCUGCAUAGUGCUGGUUAAAGCCACAUAUUAACAUACUCCAGAGUACGGACUUUGGACUUUCCCAUUUACAACUUCAGUACUUGUCAGUAUGAGGGAUGCUGUCUGACUGUCAAGACAUAGGUCUUGUCUUUGUAUUGAGAGUGACGUGGACUCGGUGCCUGGUUUCCUCUUUGUUUUUUUAACUGAGCAGAUUAGGGCUUAAGAAUCAGGUCUGGCGCACUCAGGUUGAGCGGAUUUAAGGCAUCUGAGUUUGUUUGUUUUUUUAACACUAUUUGUGUUGUUAGUAUGACUAUUUUGCUCUGUCCUGGCUAGAGUAAUCAGUAGAUUCAUGAUUUGACUGUCUUGUCACGGCAGUUGCUUUUUCUUUUUGAUUAUUUAUUUUUGCUGUUUUCGUGCUUUCUAUUUAUCGUUUGAUCUAACUAAACAUAGGGCUCUACCCUCAUUCUCACUGACACAUUUCUCAACACCACAUGCUUUUAUUCAAAAAUCAGAUGUUCUCUUAUCCAGUCAGCACCUUUUAUUCACUGUAAUGAAACCAUGUCCAGAAACGCACACACCUUUGUGUGCGCUGAGUACUGUACCAAGGUCAGAUGGUCAUCUCUGUGUUCAGUGUUUCUCCACAGAAAGCUGAGGCUCCUUUUGACUGCACACAGACAUUUGCUUCAGUGUGAAUGUUUAUCAUCUUCACUGUGGGAGUCAGGAAUUUGAUGUCAAAUCUGGCUCUGACGUCAGACUUUUGUCUUUAAGUGGAUAACGUCUCUAAAAUGGCAGACGUUUUCAACCCAUUGUCAUGGGCAGUGAAUGUAGCUGUCACUAGGCCUCUAAAUUUCCUCCUGUGUUUAAAAAAAAAAAAAACCCACAGAAAGAAACAUCGAGUUUUGUCUUCCUUAUCCUGACAGAUUUUAGAGAUGCAGGAUGUAACAGAAAGAGAAUAAUAACGUUUUAAUGUAAAUGUGUU